UGAACUCAAUUCUGCAAUGAAAAGGAGACAUUGAGCCUUCGUGUGAGAAUACAUAAAAAUAACUGUAUGCAUUAAAAAAAAAAUACCAAAUCGUGUCUUGUAUGACAGUCUGAGCAGAGGCUGCACAACAGAUGAUUGACGGCGGGGUUUUUGGUGUUUCUGUCUGCGGUCGGGUCUCUCAUUGGCUGACUUCAUCCCCAGCCACGAAUGCUGCCAUUAGAUUGGCUGCGCGUCCUAGCCAGCUGUACUUCAAAGAACACGCUCUCUACAACUAGGUAGUGUUGGGAGCUGCGAGCCAAGAGAGAAACCGUGUGACCUGAGUCAAACACGGUGAGUCUGAAUCAAAUUGGAGCCGUAACAGCAUUGAAAUCGCGAACACCCUCAACACAGCACAGACCCUGGAUAUGGCCACGUCUAUACUUGGGGAAGAGCCACGGUUUGGAACUACACCUCUAGCUAUGCUGGCUGCAACUUGCAACAAAAUUGGUAACACCAGUCCUCUUACAACUUUACCUGACUCGAGCGCUUUCUCAAAAGGUGGAUUUCACCCGUGGAAAAGAUCCUCGUCCAGCUGCAACUUGGGAUCCAGUCUGCCCGGUUUCACAGUUGCAACAAGCCGCGCGUCGACAGGACUAACGCCGACCAGUGGCACAGGCAACAGCGCCUUUUGCUUAGCCUCCACCUCCCCGACCUCGUCUGCAUUUUCCACAGAGUACAGCGGUCUGUUUUCCAACACUGCCAGCGUCACGUCCCAAGAGUCCGGGCAGUCAGCGUUUAUCUCCAAAGUCCACACAUCAGCAGAGACUCUAUACCCGCGGGUGGGGAUGGCGCACCCGUACGAGUCGUGGUACAAGUCCGGUUUCCACUCGACCAUCUCUGGCGAUGUUGCCAACGGUGCGUCCUCGUGGUGGGAUGUCCACACUAACCCCGGGUCGUGGCUCGAUGUCCAGAACCCUGCAAGCACCCUCCAGACCUCACUGCACUCCGGGACGCCUCAAGCCAUCCACUCCCAGCUGAGUGGCUACAACCCGGACUUCUCCUCGCUGACGCACUCGGCGUUCAGCUCCACUGGAAUCAGCCCCACCGCGUCUCAUCUACUGUCUACCAGCCAGCACCUGUUAACGCAGGACGGUUUCAAAACAGUCAUCCCCACUUACACAGACACUUCCGCCGCCAACGCCAUGAUUUCUGGGGGCAGUUCAGGAAUAAGUAGCUCCUCAAGGUCGUCCCGGCGGUACUCCGGCAGAGCAACAUGUGACUGUCCGAACUGCCAGGAGGCUGAGCGGCUGGGACCCGCCGGGGCCAGCCUGCGCAGAAAGGGACUUCACAGCUGCCACAUUCCCGGCUGCGGUAAAGUGUAUGGAAAGACAUCUCACCUCAAAGCGCAUUUGAGAUGGCACACCGGCGAGCGGCCUUUUGUCUGCAACUGGCUUUUCUGUGGCAAAAGGUUCACUCGGUCCGAUGAGCUCCAGAGACACCUUCGCACCCACACCGGCGAGAAACGGUUUGCUUGCCCGGUGUGUAACAAGCGCUUUAUGCGGAGUGACCAUUUGAGCAAGCACAUCAAAACGCACACGGCCGGUGGAGGAGGCAAAAAGGGGAGCGACAGUGACACCGACACCAGUAACCUGGAGACCCCGAGGUCCGAGUCCCCAGAACUUAUUUUGGAGGGGGUAAAUCCCAGAAUCACUGUUAAGGAUCCGUCUCCUCACGACGAGCCCUAAUGAGGCUUCACCCCUCCAAUAAAAAAAAAAAAAUCAAA